UUUCUUUCCAAAUUCUUUUACGUCUUACAGUUUAAAAAAAAAAAAGUUAAAUUGUCGGUAAUCUUUUGAGCUGUAAAAUUGUUAUUGUCACAGCAACUAGAUAGCAGUCUAAUCGACUAGAAAGAUUUCACGUCCCCUAAUGACAAUGGUCAAUACCAGCGAUAAAUUGUCAACUAGUCAAACCACAGGGGGAUUUAAUUUGUUUACAAAUGGCUUCCCACUUCCUAUUAUUUCAUUCCUUUUGGGUAACAUCGUUUCACGUGAAAUUACAGGGUAGACCGAGGAAAUGGCAGAUUCAAAGGAAAGCGCGGCUAAUAAAGCCGCAUUGAAAUUAACUAACGAUAUAAGAAAUAUGACCAAUUAUAAAAAUUUUUAUAAUCAAGUGCAGAGACUUGUUGCAUCUCCAGUUGUAAAAAGAGAAGACUUCAAAAACACUCUUAUCGAUGCAUUAAAAAAUAAUGGUUUGGAAACAGAGCUGCGUAACACAGUGUUUCAUUUGGCAAGAUCACAUAGCUCAGCACUGACAAGCACAGAGUAUCCAGCUUCUACCACAGAAGCUGAUCUUGCAUAUUUGCGAAAGGCACAAAUUCAAUGGGAGCGCAGAAUACAGAAGUCUCUGAAUUCUAUGUGUAAUGAAUUGAAUGUUCCAUUGGCUAGAAUACGGCCUAGUGCAGAUAGAGAUGAAUUAGCUGAUAAAUGGAAUGAACUAAGCACCUAUGACAUUGAUCUAUCACAGUAUAGACCACUGUAUGCACCAAAAGAUUUUCUAGAUGUUUUAUUUGCUGUCCGAGACCCAACUUACAGGAAACAACCAGGAGAGCCUGGAUGGGAAUUUGGCCAUAUACAAAUUCGUGUAAAGACGUUGAUGCAAUUGGUAAAACCUUUUAAGGCAAACCUUUUCCAUUCGCUAAUAAUUACUCAUGUGUCUAUCUCGUUCAAAUUUUCCCUCUUUAAAAAACAGAGAUCCUUUUACGCUGAACUAUCUCAAGGAGUGCCGUUGCUAGGCGUUAACCCCAGUAUGAUAGUGCUUGGUAAUUAUUCAAACUUAGAAGUAGAACGAACGCAUCUUGGAGAAAAGGUUUUGGCCUCAAAUCAUGCACCAAUCGCUCAAGAAUUUUUAAAACGUGGAUCACCAAGAGAACUCAGAGGCAGAUUAUGGUCUCUUGUCCUCGGUACCGUUAUUAAAGAUAGCGAUGCUGAAUAUUAUGAAGAAUUAAAAGGAAUGGUUCUACAGUAUGAUAUCAUGGUUGAUAAAUUAAUAAUCAAGGACGUGCAAUUGACAGCUAGUAACGAUGACCAGUAUUUCGUAUUUGAAGAUGUCCUGUACAAAACAAUGCUGUGCUUUUCACGAGAUUCAGAAGUCCUGGCACCUGUAACAACUGACAGAAGUGCUGGUGGCCAAGUUAUUCAUGCGGUUCUCCAAGGUAAAUUAGCUACCUUGGAAAAUACUCUGGUUUUUCCACCAAGUGGUGUAAUACCGUUUCACGGUUUUACUAUGUACGCUACACCAUUUUGUUAUUUAUAUGACGAUCCCUGCUCUAUGUAUUACGCAUUUCGUGCGUUUUAUUUACGCUAUUGGUUCAGACUACAUACUGUAUCCAGUCACGAGCAAGGUAUAGUUGCUCUGUGCUUAUUAUUUGAAAGAUUAUUGCAAUGUCAUGAACCACAGCUAUGGGCUCACUUUAGAAAUAUACAUAUUCAACCAGUAAAAGUUGUGUUCAAAUGGUUAAUGAGAGGAUUCAGUGGGCACUUACCACCGGAACAGUUGCUAUACUUAUGGGACCUAAUUUUGGGAUACGAUUCAUUAGAGAUUGUACCGUUGCUCGCUGUGACUAUUCUCAGUUUUAGAAAAGAGAAUCUCUUGCAAGUCAAUACUUUACACAAUGUAGAGGCUGUGCUGGCAGACUUGUCAUCAUUGAAAGUGAUGCCACUCUUACAAUUAGUCCUUCUGAAAGAGUAAAAAGUAAAUUGCUGAUUUUCAAAUACAAUGGAUGAUAACAAAGUAACGCUCAAUCAUCUUUCUCAAGAACAACCUACUCGUUGAAGGUCUCCUAUAACUGACAUCUUAAACCAUACUCUGAUCUCUGAUCUUUGCUCUAUCUUCUAGCCGAAAAAUCAAAAUCCGCUCUAUCUUUUCUACUCGUAAUUGAUUUCUCAAAAUAUUAUACAUACAUAGAUACCAGAGAUGAGUAAGGUGAUUGCCGAUGAGCCGAUUUCCAUGGUCCAAGAUUAAUUUCGGCGUCGACGCGCUAUUUCAGCAGAAGGCCCUCGAACCAGUCUCACAUUUUUGAUUAGUAGAACGUAUACCCUAAGCAAACCCCAAACCUGGGUAAUAAGGGAAAUAAAAGUUUCCCGAUAUUUUUAUCAUCGUGACUGAACAGCACACAUGCGUUGUGCUUUGGUUAGCGCGCAGGAGUCUCGGGUGCGAGACUCCAUCAUUAUUUUUAUUUUUAUACUGAUUUGCCCACUGUGCUUAUUGAUUUCAUUAAUUAACUUAGGAUUGAAUAAAUACAUGAGUAUAUUUUACUAUGUACAUUUUGUUAUAUAAUUUACAUGCAAUAAAUAUAUAAAUCAGCAUGCGUUUCUUCUUCCUGGAGCCUCAAUCUUUUUUUUAUUAUUUUUUUUUCAUAACCUUUGCUUAUUAGUUUUAUUAAUUGCCUUAAGAUUUAUUAAAGACAUGAUUAUAUUACAUUGUAUACGUACAAUAGAUAUAUAAAUCAGCGAGCAUUUGUUUUUCCCGAGAGCCCGUGAGUGACAAAACGGGCAGAUGAAUAUAAGUAGAAGUAGCGAACGAGUAUUUACGUAGAAAACGCACUGACCUGUGCAAGCACGUGAGCUCUCACAGGCAUGAGGUACUAGGUUCGAGGGCGGGUAUUAUUUUUGUUUUUCUUUAAUCAGGCCAUGCUGCGACCACGGACGUAUUGAAAAAAAAAAUUAUUGGAGAAUUAUAUAUAUGUCAGUAAUGCAGAAACGUCCACUAGUCAGGUGACGCGUCCAUGCCGAAAUAAAACUUGCACCAUGAAAAUUGGCUCAUUGGCAACCUCUCUAUUCAUCUCUGCCGCUACUAGUAGAACAAAUAU